GACCGAACGAGUUGCUACUGACAACAUCGCAGGGGGUAAGUUCACUUCUCUGCAUUUUACAGACCGCAAGGAGCUGCGGAGCCGAGGUUACGAGACACAACACAGCUGCAUGUGCCGCUGUAAAAUUAUCCCGUCGUCAUUUUCUCAUACUGAAGCGCUUUGAUUUUUUUUUUUUUUGUUUGUUUUCAAAGCAACGCAAAAACGCGGAGUGAAGUUGCAGACUUCUUUUCUUUUCUUUUUCUUUUUUUUUUUGGGAAUGCUUCCUCAGUCUGCCAGUAAAGAGCAGAGUGUGGCAGUCUUUUCUGUCCAUCCAUAUCUGAAGACAUGUUGUACGGGACUCUGUCAGCCUCGAAGGCUCUGCUGCUGAUUGUCCUGCUAUGGGACUGCCUCUGUGCCUUGGGACUGAAACCCACGAGAUGGCCGCUGUAUUCUCAAAAGCCUCUGCUCCUGGCUUGGAAUGCCCCGAUUGAGGACUGUGCCCCACGGCAUAACAUUCAUUUUCAGCUGGCCCAGUUCCAGAUUGUGGCCUCACCCACUGAGGGCUUUGUCAAGCAGAAUCUGACCAUCUUCUACAAGGAGCGCAUGGGCUUGUACCCCUAUUUUGAGGCAGAUGAAACACCAGUCAAUGGGGGGCUCCCACAGGUGGCUAGUCUCGAACAGCACCUGCAGAAAAUGCCAAGUGGUGUUGAGAAGUAUAUACGGGAAAAAUGGGCCACAGGUUUAGCUGUUAUUGACUGGGAGGAGUGGCGUCCCCUCUGGAUACGUAACUGGGAUAGCAAAGAUGUUUACCGGAGACUUUCUCGUCAGCUGGUGCUCCAAAAGAACCCAUCCUGGCCUCCUGAACAGGUGACAAGAGUGGCCCAGCAGGAGUUUGAGAUGUCUGCCAAGAAGUUCAUGCUAGAAACACUGAAGAAUGCUAAGAACCUGAGGCCCAACCAGCUGUGGGGUUUUUACCUGUUCCCUGACUGCUACAACCACGAUUACAGGCGCACUCUGGAGAGCUACACGGGUCGCUGUCCUGAUGUGGAGGUGACCCGCAAUGACCAGCUGAAAUGGUUGUGGACUGAGAGCACAGCCCUCUUCCCUUCUAUCUACAUGAGCAGCUUGCUGCGUUCCUCAGCCUCCGGACGUCAGUUUGUGCGGAACCGCGUAAAAGAGGGGAUGCGUUUGGCCUCAUCAGGUGAUGGGUUGGCACGUCCUGUUUUUGUGUACACACGGCCCACCUACACCAACUCCCUGGAACAGCUGACCGAGACUGAUCUUGUGUCCACCAUCGGGGAGAGUGUGGCUCUGGGAGCAGCUGGAAUUAUCAUGUGGGGAGAUAAAGCUUAUGCACACAACAAAACCACCUGCUCCAACCUGGAUAAAUAUGUGCGGGGAACACUGAGCCGAUACCUCCUCAACGUCUCCACGGCAGCAGAACUGUGCAGCCAGACCCUCUGUGAUUCUCACGGCCGAUGUCUGCGAAAAAAUCCAAACAGUGAUGUUUACCUGCAUCUGAAUCCCCUCACCCACAGUAUCACUGAGAAAAGCGGCAAACUGGCAGUCACCGGCGAGCUCGGCAAAGCGGAUGAGAUGAGUUUUCAAGCAGACUUUCAGUGUCAGUGCUACAGCGGCUAUCAGGGGGAGCUCUGCGACCAAAAAGACCCUCUACAACAAAAAGGGAUGGCAGCUCGAGCCACAGCAUCAGCACUGCAGUGUUUGAUAUUACUGACUGUCUGUCUGCUCCUCUGUUAAUACACAUUACUGUAAAAGUCUAAAAUAAGAGCACAAAAGGAGAGGUGAAGGGAAGAUAGGUGUUUGUCUUUUGUUUCAGUUACUCCAAAAUAUGGAUGGUGCAAAGUAAAAUGUUGUAAGAACCGCUGUGGAAAUUGCAACAUAGUGUUUGUUUCUUUUUCCUUUUCUUUUUUUUUUUUAAAGAAUGAAGAACUUGCUGGAAAUGACCCUGUUUACAUUUUCCUCUCAAUCACUGUUUCCCAAGGUGUCAAAUUCCAUGCUAGAGAGGAUGCUUCUGUGGUAAAUGUUGUGAAUGAGUAAAUGUAUGUGGUGAAAGUGGAAAAUGAUUCACUUAAAUCUGAUAACAGCACAAUAUAUUUUAAGUGCCUAAUCUUUUCUUUUUUUUUUGCCUCUCUCUGAUAUUUUAUAUGUCUAUGGAGGCAAUUGCAGUAUUACUAUUUAUUUGAAUGUAUUUUUAUAUGGUGUUUUUGUGUCCAAAUCAUGACUACUACAUUUUUCUCAAGAUGUGACGUCUCCACUUAUGGCAGUAAUACCAGCCCCAUGUCUCAGCAGCUAUUUGACUUCAGAAGCACAAUGUUUCUUAUAUCGAUGUCUUUCGUAUGAAAACAAAUGGCAUUUGAUGGAGUAAAUAAACUUCUUUGUUGAGGUUGUUGUGUUUUAAUUUAAGGCUGAAGGCUACUUAAGUGACACUGGGUGAGGGGUCACGGUUUAUUAGGGACUGAUGAGGAGAUGACAAACAUAAUAAGUUUGUGCAGAAAACCAUUCACGCUCAAACAAAUGUAGAAUCGCCAAUCAAC